UCUUGUACAAAAUUAUUUGUCAGACGAUUAAUUUUAAUUAAAAUUUUAUUUUGUUGCGCUAAUUUAACAUGAUUUCUUCAGUGUUUUUGCGAAUGACUUGUUAAGCGUAUCACAGAAUCUUCCAUUGUUUCUUCCAUCUGAUAACGUCUCAAAGACACUUGUUCUUGCAUGUUUAAUUAUUUUUGCAAAAUUGCUGAAAAUUCUAGAACUUUGUGAGAUAGCCAAAUUAUUUAUUAAUUUACGACGCGCUAUUCUCUAUCAAAAUUCUCUAACAUUUCGGUUAUUUAUUAUCUUGUUUCUAUCACAGCUCAACUGACGAAUUUUUCCAUUCGAUUAGUAUCGAAAACACUGAAAUUCGUUACGUUUUAUUUGAGCUCACACUACGUAACAAUAAAUCGCUGUUAUUAUCUCCCUUUAUUAUGCAGGAAAUCCCACCAUGCCGUAACACAACAGGCUCUAAUUUUCAUACAAUCAACCGAUUAUCCCAUUAUGUAAUAAUUAGUAAUAACAGCAAUGGUCGCGCAUUUGUUAUUUUUUAACUCUUCAUAAAUUACGACUCCGACAAGGAUGUUAUUUCACUUCCGUGAAGCCUUGACCUUGCUACGACAAGAAAAAUUAAAACAUAAUAAAACUUCCGGUGACUCGGUUUUUGAAAAAUCGAACAAGCUUUUUACAGAAAUGUCAAGGAAGAUCCGGUUGAGGAUACUAGGAAAGAUUAUGGAAUUUUACGAUGUUUUCGGCGCCAAAUUUGGCGCCAAACAAACUAGAAUUGAAUCAAUUAAUUUUUUACAAUUUCAAAAUUGGCGCCCACGUUUGACAUUUAACCUCAUAGCAGUUUGAAGAUUAGCUCAAUUCUGGAAAUGGAUUAUUUACACGAGAAUUUGCAAAAAGAUAUCCAGAUUUGCUAUAUUUUGCAAACACGAAUCAAAAGUAAUGUUAGAAAACCGCCUAAAGCGAAUUUUCUUCUGCAAUUUCAAAAUUGGCGCCCCACAUUUGACAACUGACAAUUGACAAAAGCCGAAAAAUAAAUCAAUCAUGGCGGUUUGAAGAUUAGCUCAAUUCUUGAAAUUAAUUAUUUUCGUUCAAUUUCCACGCGAGUUUGGAAAAACGCCCUCCACGAGUCGUUUCUUUUGCCAUAUUUUACAAACACGUGUCAGGAGUAGGUUAGAAAACCGUCAAAAUCGAAAUGACUUCGAAGGGACAACACGUGCAGGAUAAUUCAGUAGCCGAACGAAGAUUGCGUCCGAUUUACGAUUGGUUAGAUAUCGGCAACAACAAGAAAGCUCUCCAAGAGUGUGAUAAAGUACUGAAAAAGACUCCGAAUUUGCUAUGCGCGAAAGCACUGAAAGCCCUCACUUUGCAUCGAAUGGGCAAGGAGUCGGAAGCGGUGGCUAUUCUGGAAGCCUUAACUGCGGAAAGCCCCACAGACGACGCCACACUCCAGGCGAUGACUCUGUGUUACAGGGAACUGCAACAACUUGAAAAAAUCUGUAAAUUGUAUGAGACUGCAGUGAAGUUGGAGCCGACAAAUGAGGAACUUUUCACGCAUUUAUUUAUGUCGUAUGCGCGCGUUUUUGACUUCAAAUCGCAACAAAAGACCGCAAUGACCCUCUACAAGCACAAACCCAAAACCCCGUACUAUUGCUGGGCCGUUAUGAGUAUUAUUUUGCAAGCAACACGCGGUGAGGGAAAAAACGACCCCAAAAAACGCAAUUUAUUGCUCAGUCUUGCCGAACGCAUGAUGGAAAAAUUGAUAGUCGAUGGAAAACUCGACGCUGAGCAGGAAGUCCAAUUGUAUAUCAUGGUUUUGGAGCUUCAGGAAAAAUAUGAAGAGGUUAUGGCGAUACUAGACGGCCCCCUUGGCACUAAACUAGCGUGUAGUAACCAACCCCACAACAAAUUGAAAUAUUUAGUGCCCCUCAAAUGGUGGGAUGAAGUGAAUUUAUUGUGCAAGGGGAUUUUAAUUGAGAGUGUAGAUAGAUGGGAUAUUUGGAAGGAGUACAUCAACUCGGUUUUUGCACUAAUGGAGGCCAAGCCCUCUCACGAAAGUAACAAUCAUGAUAAUGGGGCCCCCGAGAAUGAUUUAGAAACGGUGGAUGACACUCCGGAGAAAUGUCACGAAUUUAUUUGCCGCAUCGUCGAAAAUGGGGCCGAUAAUGGGUUUUUGUUAAGGGGGCCAUAUUUAGCCCGGUUUGAGCUUUGUGCACGCCUCAUGAAACGUAAUAUUGACACUAGUGACGUCCUGGGGGAAACUAUAGAAUUAUUUAUCGAGUAUUUUCGAAAGUUCGGGCACAAACCUUGUUGUGUGUCCGAUUUACGUCUCUAUUUGAAUUUAUUAGAUGCUGAAAAAAAGGCAGAAUUGUCGACGAGACUUAUCAAGGAUGUGGGGAUCAGUUCGACAAGUGUGCCUCAAUCGGAACAGCAGAUGCAGCGUCACUUGUGCGCCCUCCAAUUGUCCCGUUUGUGUGGGGCCCAUCGUAAUCUCACUUCGGACCAUUUGAAAGCUUUAGUUACUGCAUUUUCGCUUCACUACGAGCACGGUUACCAAACUUACGGCACUAAUUUACUGUCGACCGAUUUGGGUCCUUCUGACCCCUAUGCACUGUUGGCGGCGCACGUUUUGUACGAUUUAUCGCAAACGGAACGUAAAUCCGGACCAAUUGUUGCCGCUCUUGUCUUAUUGGAGAAUAUGCUCAAGAACAGUCCUAGUAAUUUUCAUGCAAAGUUGUUGUGUGUGAGGUUGUAUCAUACCGUGGGCGGUUGUCUCGGUGCGCAAAACAUGUACAACAGUUUAGAUACGAAACAUUUGCAAUUAGAUUCGUUAGGUUUCAUUCAUUGUGCGAGAUUAUCAACCACCGGUUUGUAUUCCCUCUGUUUGAAUUUGUUUGAUGUCACGUUAAAAUUCUUCUCUUCAAAUUACAAAGAUAGUUCGGAUCACAUAACAUUUUCGUACAAAUACGGCUCAUUUAUAAAACUGGAUGAAUUCAUGGAUUUUAGGGAAAGACUGAACAAUAGUAUGCACUAUACAACAGUAGCAAUAGAUAGAAUAGUAUUGAGUCUAGUUGAAUGUACGAAUUUAGACGCCCUGUACAACAUCGACAUAUCACCAAAAGAUGAUAAGAUCGAUUGGGAGGCGUUGCGAGACAAUCACGACCUUAGCGUUUACAUGAGUUGGGACCCUGAACGUAUCGAAGGUCCGCCUGAAAAUUACGAAGAAAUGAAAAAGUUUUUCAUCCACAAUAAAAUUUUCCUAAAAUUACGAACGUCAGUUUUGUGGUCAUUAUCAGCGGCUGUGGACAUUGUCAAGUCAUCAGAUGGGGUCAGAACGAAGUAUAUGGAACGACUGAAUAUUAUUUUGAAGGAUUGGGAGGAGUUAUGUAAGGAUAGUAGAGAUAAAAAAUACGCCUCUUUGUGUCAAAAUUUGGUCACUUUGCCUCUCCCCUCGAGACUUCACGUGGCAUUGGACACGCCCCAUUUUGAGAUUGUGGGUAAUAUGUUUCGGGUUUUGUUGGGAGUGGUGUCCGAGGUUUGUUCAGGGGAUGAGUUAGUGAAAAGAAUUGAGGAUAAGAUGAAAGUGAUGAUGGGGAUGAUUGAAAGCAGGACGAAGGAUGAAAAGAAAAACUCGGAUUUGGUUUAUAGGCGCGAAACAAUGGAGUAUGUUGUAAAUAUAGUCGAGAUUUUGUCGGUAUCGUCGUUAAUAUGUUUGUUGUGCAAUGAUUUGGUGAAACCAACGACACAGGGUAAAAAAGGAAAGAAAAAAGUGAACGAAUCGUCGUGGAGGGAGUCGGUGAUUCGGAUCGCGAGUUGUUUAAAAACGCACAUUAACGAAUUAAACGAUCUUUUACAAUCAUGGUCUAAUUUUAGUGUUUCGAGUGAUUUGGCGCUGAUGUUGGAAUCGUUAAAUUUAAACAACGAUGGACAUAACGUUUGUGAAAACAUAGUAAACAGUUACGUAUUUGCUUGUCGAGAGAUACAGUGUGUUUUGAAAAACAAGAUUAAAAUGUUGAAUAACGGCGUUGCAAGUCGAGCUUGGACUCGAAUUCAACCACACAAGGCCUGGAUAAUUAAUGUUGGGCGUGGAAAUCUCUGCAAGAAACAACCAAUCAACAUCAAGAAUGCCGCCCACCCAUCGUUCCACAACAACGACACGAUGCAACAAAACUUACCGAAACAAGACGAACAGCAACGUCAAACACAGAGCGGCGGUACUUGUCGACAGGGUGGCCGCAUCGCCGUACCUGGCUUGGCCGCAAGCGGGAGGACACACGGGGAUGACAGAUUCUACAAGGAGGCCGACUUCGUCCUUGACCCAAGUCAAUGCGGGAGGCGGGUACGCCUCCACGUGACAUUCCAAAUCCAUGUCGUAUUGGAGGGCUUGUCCGAGGCGGGGCCGAGGCACCGUUACGACGGGCGCAAACUCCACCUCCACGGCUAUAUUACGUUUAGUCCCCCGUCCGACGCCAUUCUCAGCGACGCAAUAAUAUGUCCCGCGGUCCUCUUUUUUGAUUUGCUUAAUUUUCAUCACGUUGCCGCGGUAGAUAGACCCACCGGUGGGCAAAAUGGCGUUGUUUUCACGCCUCCAGGAGAUCCUCGGCGGUGGGUAGCCCCCAGCAUAGCACUCCAUCUGAACAGCUCCUCGCCGGAACAUGAACACCGUGCCCCUUUGAACCCCCCGAAGUUGCGCCGUUCGUGGAGACUCUCUAAGAAGAAUAACCAACCGGUCACAGUCUCAGGGUAUUUCAACAACUUUGUCUUGGAUUCAGAUCGGAGUCUUUUUCGCGAAAUUAAAAGUAAAUUUGCGAAGAAGUUUGAACGAGAGGUGUCCGACUCGGAUGACGAAUUCGGGGCUACAUUAUUCAGACAAUUAGGGGCUGUCGAAUUGCCCGAUUUGAAAGAAUAUAAGAGGAAAAUUCAGGAAGACAUUGAAUUGAUUAAUAGAGUUUUGACGGGGCAAGUCGGGAGGAAUAUGUCGUUGAGUAGGAAACGAGUCUAUAGUGAGGAGGAGAAGGAGAAUUUCCCGAUGAAAUUCUCCUACGUGCCUCCAUCCAGUUGGGUCUUCCAGACGCCCCCAAACAGGAAACUUAAUUACAGCAGAGCUAAAGUGGACGAAAAUGGAAUUAAACCAGCCGUUAUUGAAAAAAGAAACGAUGGAAAAGUUGUCUACGAAAUGAAUAAAAAAAUUAACGUUGAUUUGUCGGGGUUUAAUAAUAAACAAGAGAUUGAUAUUGACAAGAGAUACAUGGUGGAGGUUUCCACGUCAACACCGGAAGAACAAGAGGAGGAAUCUGAUAAGAAUAUGGUGUUACUGGAUGAUAUUGUAUCCAAUUUCCGCAACGUGAGCAUCUACCCGAGCCAUGAAGAAAUUUUGGGCAAGAGCAACAACAUCCAAAAAAAUAUUAUUCGGGGAAAGUUUCACAAUGUUGAGCAUUAUUUGGAUGUCCAAUUUUGGCUUUUACGUGAGGAUUUUAUAGCAAAUUUGCGCGAAGGUAUCGAGAGUUAUCGUUCAAGAGAAUCAACAAAAGUGAUAGAUAUUUACCGAAAUGUGAGAAUCUUUAAAGAUAAGACAAGACGCAAUGAAGAGUGCCUCAAAAUUGAAAUAGUCGUUAACGAUGACGACUCUAAAAAAUUCAUGAACGGUUCACUUCUCCUUUUCACGAAAAAUAACUUCGAUCAAAUGUUUCAAGCAAAAGUGGUCCAAAAAUUAUCAGAAUCGUCCCAAAUCAUCAUUGAGUUGAUUGAUGUUUAUCCUAGAGACCUUAACUUGUCUCAAGGUUACACAAUGGCCGAAUGUAGCCAAUAUUUUGACCCCUAUUUUAACGUUUUAAGUGCCUUGAAAAGCCUCCCUGUGACAAACUUCCCCAUGGAGCGAUAUAUCGUCCAUUGUGACACGUCCGUGUACAGCCCCCGGUAUCUCAACCCCAAUUCACGUUUCUUCAUCGCCGGACGGAGCUUCACCCCUGAAGCUCUAUCAAAAUGGGGCUACCCUCUCCUCGACUUGAACCCCGCUCAAAUGCGAGCGUUCACAGCCGCCCUAACGCGCGAAUUCGUGGUGAUUCAGGGCCCUCCGGGGACCGGUAAGACCCAUUUGGGGGUGAAAAUCGCCGCUACGAUACUACAAAACUCGCAUUUGUGGUACAAAAACACCCCAAUGUUGGUCAUUUCGCACAAAAACGACGCCCUUGACCAAUUUCUUGAAGGCCUAAUUCCAUUCACCACAAAACUGGUGCGAGUUGGGGGCCAAUCAAAGAGUGAAAAAUUGAAAAAGUUCAACUUGGCGACUGAGGGGGAGCGACGGAGAAAACGAGAGGAAUUUUUGGGGGUAAUGCAACAGUCGCUUGUUAUUGGCAUGACGACGAGUAUAGCCUCCCGUUGGAAAGACUUUUUGGAGAGGUUGGAGUGCCCCAUUGUUAUAGUUGAGGAGGCUGCGGAGGUUCUGGAGGCGCAUGUUGUGGCAGCACUGACCGAUAAAUGUCAACACUUGAUUUUGUUAGGGGACCACCAACAACUCCAACCUCUCACUGCUGACAACAAAAUCUCUAAAAACUACCACUUGAGUGUGAGUUUAUUCGAACGCAUGGUUUUGAACGGGAUACAGUGUUACCAACUUGAUAUCCAACAUCGGAUGCGACCGGAAAUCUCCGACUUGCUCAGAGUGAAAAUUUAUCCGUUUUUGAAAGACCACGAAUCGGUUUUGCAUCGUCCGGGGAUUCACGGAGUCGUGAAAAACGUUUUUUUCAUUGAUCAUAAACAAAAAGAAGAAACCUGUAAUUUCACAACGAAGAAGAACAGUCACGAGGCGAUUUUUUUGACACUUUUGGCGCGAUAUUUAAUUUUGAAUGGUUACAAACCAGAGGAUGUUGUUAUUCUAGCGACGUAUUUGGCCCAAAUGAAGGAAAUUGAGAAGUUGGUGAAGGGUCAAGAGUGUCUUGAAGGGGUCAAAGUGUCGACUUUGGAUGGGUUUCAAGGACAAGAGGCUGAAAUUGUUUUGUUAUCGCUGGUCCGUAGUGAUAAAAUUGGGUUUUUGGGGACCGAAAAUCGCAUUUGUGUGGCGUUGUCAAGGGCCAGGAAUGGGUUUUACAUCAUGGGGAAUAUGAGUUUGUUGGCGGGGAGGUCCCAAAUUUGGAACGGCGUGAAAAAAUGUCUCCUAAAACAAGGCUCAAUAAAUCGUAAAAUCCCAUUAGUGUGUCAGAAACAUAAGACAGUCACACAAGUUGAAACAAUUGAUGACUUCCAGAGUGUCCUAAAUCGUGAUUGUUAUCUGAAAGGUGUUGCAAGACCGGUUAUUGGGUCUAAGAAACAGGAAAUUGAAGAUUUGAGGAAUCUGUGGUCUAGGCCAAGGACUGAUGGGUAUGUGAGACCUGUUACACAGUUUGAAAAUAAUUUACAAGUAAAUCAACCAUCUUUUUUAAGGAGUAUAGGAAAUAUAAUUCGGAGUGCUGUGCAUUUCAUUAUUGAAACGUUUUUUUAUUAAGUGUUUUAUUUGAUUUUAUUCUUGUUUUCGUCUCACAAUUGUGAUAUAUGAUUCUUCAAUAAGACUUAUUUUAAUACUUA